GACCUCUCUAACUUUAUUUUCUCUCUCUUCUUAGUCUUCAUCUUCACGAUUUCGGGCCACCGGCCACCACCUAACUCUCUCUCUCUCUCUCUCUCUCUCAACCCUCUCUGCCCACCAGCUGUUAUCAACCGUCGACGGAGCUGUCAAUCGUGUCCCCUCCCCGACAAGAUCGCUCCAACCACUCCAUCCACUUUUCUAGGUUUUAGGGUUCCGCCCUUUCCAAAAUGGAGCUUCCACAUUCCUCACCGCCACCACCAUCACAGCCGGCGGUUGCAGACCCUUCGCCACCAGUCUCGUUUCCCAUGGAGAUCCCUCAUGUAUCGGACGAAGUCUCCACUGCAUGGGAAUGGAGAAGCCUUCUUGACUUCACCGUCGAUGAUCAACUUCUCGUCUCCUGGGAUUCCGACACGCACCCGAUCGCUCCGGUUCCGGAAAUCGUUGCCGAACCUCCGUCGAACAGUGGAUCGGAUAGUGCUGCUGAUCGGAUUCGGAAGAGAGAUCCUCGUUUGACUUGUUCGAAUUUCUUGGCUGGGCGAAUUCCUUGCUCGUGCCCUGAGGAAGAUGAGAAGGACGAAGAGGAAGAAGCUGCUGUGGGGAAUAAUAAGCGUACGAGGACCUAUGCGGUGGGGACUGCCCGCUGUCAGGUUCCUGGUUGCGAAGCCGAUAUUAGUGAACUCAAGGGGUAUCAUCGUCGUCAUCGUGUUUGCCUUCGCUGCGCCAAUUCCACUUCUGUUAUUCUUGAUGGCCUGUCUAAGCGGUAUUGUCAGCAGUGUGGCAAGUUUCAUAUCUUGUCAGACUUUGAUGAAGGCAAACGCAGUUGUAGGAGAAAACUAGAGCGCCAUAACAAGAGGCGGCGAAGAAAAGGUGCAGUUGAAAAGGAAUCUCAAGAGGACCUGCCUGCUGAAGACAUUAGUGGUGAUGGAGAAGCAGAUAAAGACAGUUUAGGCUUGAGCAACCAGGUAAUGGGCAGAGAGGUAUCAUUGGAAGCCGAAGGUGGACACACUUCCCCACCUUGCUCAGCUCCUAGUUCGCAAAAUAUCCAGACUGAUAGUGGUGUCUCAAAUGUGGUCUCUGGUGAAACCAAUAUGGAUGGAGGGAAAGAUGGUUCCAAAUGUGUUAUUUCUUCAUCCUUUUGUGACAUUAAGAGUUCUUAUUCAUCUAUGUGUCCAACAGGUCGGAUAUCUUUCAAGCUUUAUGACUGGAAUCCUGCAGAAUUCCCAAGACGACUUCGGCACCAAAUAUUCCAGUGGUUGGCCAGCAUGCCAGUAGAAUUGGAGGGGUAUAUCCGUCCAGGAUGCACCAUCUUGACCAUAUUCAUUGCAAUGCCCCAAUUUAUGUGGGAGAAGUUAUCAGAAGAUGCCGCUUCCUAUGUGUGUAAUCUUUUUAGUGCACCUGAAAGUUUGUUAUCAGGAAGAGGCACAAUUCUUCUUCACUUAAACAACAUGAUUUUCGAGGUUCUAAAAGAUGGAACAUCAUUGAUGAAUGUCAAAGUGGAGGUGCAGGCCCCGAAACUUCAUUUUGUUAAUCCUAUUUUUGUUGAAACUGGCAAGCCUAUGGAGUUUGUCGUGUGUGGCAGUAAUUUACACCAGCCUAAACUUCGUUUUCUAGUGUCUUUUGCUGGAAAGUACCUUGCACAUGAUUGCUGUGUUGCAAAUCUAGAUGGGAAGAGUGAAGCUCACAGUUGUGACCAUCAAAUGUACAAGAUAUAUAUCCCUCAUACAGAGCCUGCUUAUCUUGGCCCUGCAUUUAUUGAGGUUGAGAAUGAAUCGGGUUUGUCCAACUUCAUCCCCCUCCUCUUAGGAGACACAGAAACAUGUUCUGAAAUGCAGAUGGUGCAGCAGAUGUUUGAAGAAUCUCUCUGUUCAAAGAGACAUCAGGUUGCAGUUACGGAUGCUGUCUCUGAGUCAUGUGAGGUGUUUGCAUUAAAGCAAGCAGCCAUGUCUGAACUUAUUUUAGAUAUUGGAUGGUUGCUGAAGGAGCCAAAGUCAGAAAAUUUUCAAGGGGUUUUGACUAGUACAGACAUUCAAAGGUUAAAUUGUUUAUUAGAUUUUCUCAUCAAGAAUGAGUUCACCACCAUUUUGGAGAAAAUAUUACAAUCUCAAAGGACUAUGAUUCAUAAGGAGGUCUUCAAUAGCAUUGAUGGAAUUGAUGAUGCUAAUAUGAGGCUAUUUCAUAAGUCUAUGAAUCAUGCUAGAGAAAUUAUCCACAGAAAAUAUCAGCAUGCUGGGGAUUCAGUACCACAUCCAGGAAACUCAAAAAAGAAUGCUUUUGAUCAAAGCUACAAUGGAAAUUACAUGUUCUCUAUCUUUCCGAACAGUAAUCAGGAUAUGGGGACGAAAGAGGAAAAUAUGGGAACACCUACAGCUACAGAUUUCCGAGAAAGUACUUUAUUUGAGCCACUUGUAAAUGCAGAUGUUGAUUGGAAUGUGAAGUGCCAAUCACACCGAAUGAAUGUACGAGUGUGGAAGCCAAGUGGCUACAUCUCUCCAACAACAGUUAUGACUCCACGGUCUUUUGUGCUCUUUGUUGCUGCUGUUGUCAUGUGUUUUGGGAUAUGUGCUGUCCUCCUCCAUCCUCACAAGGUUGGGGAAUUUGCUAUUUCUAUUCGUCGGUGUGUGUUUAGUAAUCACGAGCGAUAGAAACUCUCAGUUGAUCCAAAGGGGAUAUCAUCUUACCUGGUUGAUUUGUACAUUGCCCGUGUAAAUUGCUGCUAAUGUGGCUUUGGUCAUGAUCAGCAGUUGUAACCUAUUGCUGACUACGCCUGUUGCUGCCUCAUUUUGAUGAGUUUUUGUGUGAUUCACUUGGGUACACUUAGCAUAUCCUUCUGGGUGGAGAGUGCAGGGUUGAUUAGUUCAAUAUUAUAGAAAAUUAUAAUGGGAAUGAAUUCCUAGUUUUAUUUGU